UCGUGUACCCAUACACAAAACAUGCAGUUUAAAAAGAAUAACACAAAUGCUACAUGACGCUCACAUCCCUAUUCCAGCAAAACCGUCUAAAAACAAAAAAGAUACAACACAUCUUAUUACGAUAGAUACAUCACUACACUCAACAAAAAAGAUCUUAAAUACACGAGAAGCAUAUGUCCAAAGCUUUCUUCAGAUCAUCAAUGAUACAGACCAACAAUUAAUAAUAUUUACAGAUGGAUCGGUAACAUGCGACACCCCAUCUUAUGCCGUAGUGGCUCAGGAAAGGGGCGGGCAAUUCAGGGUGGUCCAUCAAGCUUUGCUCCCAAUGCAUGCGAGCAUUUUCUGCACCGAACUAACUGCAAUCAAAUACGCAAUAUCCUUUGCCGCAAGUCUUGAUAAGAAAGCAAUUAUCUGCUCAGACAGCCUUAGCGCCCUCAAUGUAAUUGCAAAUAAAAGCAAUGAAGCCCACAGUUUCGUGUCAGAGGAUACUCUAAAGCAACCAAUAAAACUUCUGUGGGUCCCCGGACACACUGGAAUAGUAGGCAACGAAAGAGCCGACCAAGCCGCCAAAGAAUGUUUUAAGUUUCCCCUGAUACCAGAAGUCCCAUGCCAUGCGAGCAUCAUAUUAAGAACGACAAAGGCUCUGCAAAUAGAAGCCGCAACUUCCAGGGACAACUACAACACAAAACUAUCACGUAGUCAAUGCAUCAAAUUAGCUAGGCUUCGGACUGGAACUGCCCUUUUUAACACUGCCUACAUCUUCACCAGAACUCAACCACCAUCUUGCUCAUUUUGUGCAACAACACUCACGAUAGAGCACAUACUUACAGUAUGCCCAAACUCGAAGAUUAAUAAAAGCAUUAAAAACAUCCUGGAUUGUAACAAUAGCAACAUCGAAGUAAUAGAAAAAGCAUUAGAAAUUCAUCACCUCAAUAAUCAAAUCUAACUAAAAGCGACAUCAACAAUGGCACUCAAUGACCUAGACGUCCGGUGCUGACAUUAUAUUUUGCAAAGUUAUUUUGCAAAAUUUGCUGAUUAAAUAAAUA